UGAUCCCGAUUCAUGUAAUUGCUUAGCUUGCUGGUAUUAUGCCACGUGUUUAAAUUACUUUGUAUUUAGACUAUGAAAUAUAUUUUCAACUCCAUUUCUUGUUGUGGUACAUUCAUUUUCGUGAAGUACUUUAUUCCGAAAACAAUUACAAGAAUAAUUAAAUAUGUUUUGUUGUUGUUGCAAAUCAGGCACUCUCAUCCUGAAUAACCGUUCAGCAGGAAGCGGAGAGUGGGAGUGUGCGCGCAGUGAAGGACAGUGGCCUUGAACAAAACCGCCGGCUACUGAAGAAUAUGUACAGCGUUGCCGACCUGCUGGCUUCCCAUGGCUUCAGGUCGGGCAGGAGGCCGACAUCCGGCAGCAGCAGCAGCACACAGCCUCCACUCCGGAUGGAGCCGCCCCGGUCAGGGCUGGAGCAGGGGUUUCCUGGCCAGGAUGUGUGGCACGACGCACCGCCCGCUCCCCGCGCCACACGUCACUCCAGCCUGCCACUACAAGAGCACCCCGCAAGGGCCGAGCCCUCCAGGGAAAGGGCAGAGCUCGUAAGUGAAAAGGCGAACUAUGAAGAGGGGCAAAUGCAGCCCCAAAGCCCCCCUGUGACCAUAAGGAACUUUGAAAACCAGCUUCCAUUAUUGGAGGGAUCCGAUGAAAGCGUGAGUUACUGGCGGCGCCGUGGGCAGGAUUUCAGCGUGCUGCUGGACUACGCAAUCCACCAACCGCCUCAUGUUGACGUCCCUCCGCCUGCCUACCUUGCAGGGUUACGAGAUCAAGCCCCAUCACACAACACAGUGCAGCAUGGCCCUUUCAACCAGACUGCAGUGUCUCGCGAGGCAACCCCCCCACCGUACCCUGCAGUGUCUCGUGACUCGACUCUUCCCUCGGAAUACUCUGGAUUGCACGGCUACCCAGCUAAUGCAGACACAAUCCCACGCCCCAGCACCUACCCACAGCCUCCACCAUACAAGGCUGAACCUCCGACCCUGGAAUUAUCUCAGAACUCUGCACCACAGACUACACAGCUGCAACAAAGUAAAAUAAAUCCAGACUACGCGUUAUUGACCGAUCAAAGUAAAAAUAUGCACAGGAAUAGCAGAGAAAAAGGGAAUUCCAAAUAUGUAUCAAGCCAUUGCUGUAGUGACUACCAGGACAUGUCAGGGAUGUAUUACUCCUCAAGUCAGUGUGGUCAGGACAGCAAGGACAUGUUGGUGAAUCCAGGCAAAGGAAGCACUUCCCUCCAGGCAACAUCAGAUGCACAUGCAAUAUUGUACACAGGAAAACAAUACUUUGAAGCAACUCCCCUACCAACAGAGAAGAUUGAAAAACCUCAAACAUUCAGGCCUCCACCGCCAACAUACGAGAUGUACCAAAUGAGAAGCAAAGAUUGCUACAAGGGACCAACAACACAAGUUCAAUUGAAAAACGUGUGUUGUCAUACGAGUACACAUGAAAAUGGGCAAUACAAGUCAUCAGCAGAAUUUCCCCAGACAGAUUUAUGCCUCCUGAAUCACAAAUGAAAUAUCAAAAUGUACAGCUGCCCACAUACAUCAAACCACCAGAUUACAUUCCUCAAUAUAAAGAGAAUACAUCUCGUCAAAAUCAACAUGCAAGCAAUGAAAACAGCAUUGACUCUACUGGUGAAAGCAAACAAAAACUUAGAACAGCUCGUGUUGAAUACAUUCCAUUCACAGACCCAUGGGUGCGAAUUGUCCCCAAGGCACACUGGGAAACUGAGCGCCAAAAUCAAGACAAUGGUCACAGUGUGAGGAAGUCUACAAAUGACAACAAUUCUGUAAACUACAUUCAUGUAAAAGAAGGCUAGACAAACAAUUGUUGUACUCAAAGCAAAUACCACCUCCAUCACUUGUGUUACCUGUACUAAAUCAGGAUUCAUAUUUUUGGAGAAAUUCGCAGUCAAACCAUGAAAUCAACAAGCAUAAAAUGCAUUCAGAUGACAUAACGUACAUGCAGUUAAAAUAUCCGGACAGUACCUCAACAAGUGCUGAUCAUGCAUUUCACUCAAGAAAGGGCCACAUACAAGAAACAGCAGGUGAACAUAGAUCUGUGUUGCAUACAGAUAAAAAGGAGGGUAUUCUUCAGGGUGACAAGACACAUGAAGCAAGUGGUGGUCAGAUGCCACGUAGCCUGCUUGGAGUCCGGACCGGCAUGCAUCAGCGAGGAGCUGUGGGAGAAACUGUGUUCUGUUUGAUCUCCGUGCCAAGUCAGUCUGUGGAUGUGGAUCAAGGUGGCAUUUGGCUCCCAGAUGUGUCAAACGGCAGCAGUAACGCCGUUCCCGAACACUCCCACCAGCACACGCAGUCUGCAAGUGAGCUGGAGCUGCAAGCACUCACUGGGAAAAUGAUCGCCGAGGAAGAGGCACGCAAGGCCAAAGAAAAAGCGGAGGAAAAGGCGAAAAAGCAUGCAUGUGAAAGCCAAAUAUUAAGUCACCCACUGAAAUUUAGUUCUGAACUAAAAGGUGAAGCAAAAAUGUAUGAAACACCUCAAAAACCACUAUCACAAAAACAGCUUAAUAAUGUUACCUUGCACUGUGUUCCAAAGCAGCUAUAUCCUGAUGAACGAACAUUUGUGUCACAGAAAAAUAGACAAAUUCAUGGGCAUGCUGUAGAGGUGGAGGGUAAACAUUUCCAAGCCUCUAAUUGCAGGUGGAAAACCCAAAAUUCACAAAAUACAUCCCAUAUUACUGGUGAAACAAAAAAUGAGGAAAUUAAAAGUGAAUUUGGAUCUAAAAUCUCCUCCAGGUCAGUCUCGUGCUGCUUGUAUCUGAGGAAAUGUAAACAACUAACAUUUUCUAUUUACCAACAACAGUAUAAUUAAUUUGGUUUAACACAUCAGCUUUCGUGGCCAAUAUCCAUAAAGGUGUAUUGGGUUAGAUCGCGUAAAUAUAAAUGUGUUAACACACCACCACCUGACAGCCAAUUAGUAAGGUUUGUCGCGGAAACAAAAUGUGCCAAUUAGUGACUACUUAAGCUUACCAGUGUGUUGGAGAGUAAACCCACAACAUUUACAAUUUGAGUAUGAUGUUUUGCUG